ACCAAAACCAAAACCAAAGCAAAGAGAACUGAAGUACAGAACUAUGGUCACUCUGUAAACCCCUUAAACCCUUGGUCUCCUCUCUCUCUCUUCUAUCUUCUUCUUCUUGUCCUCCUCUCUUUCUCUCUCUAGAUACAUGUCAUCAGCUAUUACAAGGAUGAAGAGCCUGGUAUCACAGACAACGUGGUCGCCCUUCUCGUCUUCUCACUUUCCCCACCAGACCACAACUUCGGCUCUCUUCUCUGUCGCCUCUAAUUCCAUUCUUCGAAACCCACCUAGGUUUCUCCAAAACCCAAAUCUUCUGCGCCUAAAACCCGCCAUUUCUCCUCGUCAAACCUCCUGCUGUUUGGUCCAAAACCAAGGCCUGCAAACCGAGUCCGUACCUCGUACGCCGUCCGGUGAAAUUCAUGUGAUUCUCGGUCCAAUGUUCGCCGGAAAAACCACCACGCUUCUCCACCGGGUUCAAUCUGAGAGGACCAACGGCAGAAGCGUAGCAGUAAUAAAAUCAAAUAAGGACACAAGAUAUGGAUUGGAUUCAAUUGUAACACAUGAUGGGGUGAAAUUGCCAUGUUGGGCACUGGCUGAUUUGUCAUCUUUCAGGAAGAAAAUUGGUCUUGAUGCAUACGACCGGCUCGACGUGAUUGGUAUCGAUGAAGCUCAAUUCUUUGAGGACCUUUAUGAUUUCUGCUGCGAAGCUGCUGAUCAUGAUGGCAAAACAGUAAUAGUUUCUGGACUAGACGGUGACUAUUUGAGGAGGAGCUUUGGUUCUGUGCUUGAUAUAAUUCCCCUUGCGGAUUCUGUAACAAAGUUGACUGCUAGGUGUGAGCUUUGUGGGAAACGGGCUUUGUUUACACUAAGAAAAACGCAGGAGACACAAACGGAGCUAAUCGGCGGAGCUGACGUCUACAUGCCCGUCUGCCGGCAGCACUAUGUCAGCGGGCAAGUAGUCAUUGAGGCCGCGAGAGUUGCCCUGGAAUCUCAAGUUCACUGUGGUUCCUAUGCAUAGUGAUUUAUAUUCCUCUCCAUUGGGAUGUAUGGGGUUAUUUGUAACACCUCUUGUUGGGAAUUUGACAAUUUACAUGUGGGCUUGUAGUGACACAAUAUGUUGAUAGUGGAUCUUCAGUGUAAUUAAGAAUUGGGAGAAAGAGAAAAAUAAAUCGAGACUUGAGAUGAAUUAAAA